AUGAAAUUAUUUAAUCAUCAAUUUAAAACAACAAUUAUCACAUUGGUAUUAUUGUUGUUGGUGAUAUCUAAUACGAUCAAUGCAUUUGAUAGCAAUGAAAAAGUAAGAGAUGAUCUACAUCCAUACAUUAUGGCACAUACAGAAGGAGUAAAGGACAUGCGACAUGGUCAAUAUGCAUUUGCAUUUUAUGGUUCUUUGGGUGCACAGGGUGGUGCAUUUCCAUUGAAUCGAUUUAAAAGUUUAGAUUUGACAACUCUAGGAACAUCAUAUUAUGUUUGUGAUAUCAACAAUUUUAGAUAUUUUAAACAAGAAGAAGAAAUUACCGUAAAGAACCCUAUCAAUUAUAAAAUUGUACGACAAGUGACCAAAGCACCUCCUAUAGUGGCUGCACCCAUCGCAGUGUUACAAACCAUCUCUAAAAUCACCACCUCACCUAUCACUCGGAAAGUGUCAUCAUCAAAUCGCUUGGUUAUUUCAAAGAUCCUCUUUACUCCUUCCCCAAACUGGUAUACCAACCCAUUCGAUACCUCUACACUCAGUAUCAUCCAUGUUCUAAAUUUAAAUGGACGUGGAGCCAUGUUAAAACCACUACCACCAACCACCCCCAUCGCUUACAAGAUAAACAGUGAAGAAACGGUCACCAACCUUUUAUUGCCAAAAAAUAUAGAAAACGAACGUCUUUAUCUAUCGUUUUCUCGACAAUGGGAUAUUGACUAUUGCCAUUAUAUCAAUAUUCUCCAACUCAGUGCCCCUACUCGAGGUAUCCAGGUAGUGUCGGCUGCCACUAAUCGGUAUGGUGAUAGACACGUCGGAUAUCAAUCGACACUGGUGACAGAACUAGAGAGAAGUUCAAUGAUCAACAUAAGACGACCAGAUGGAUCUAUAGUGUCUGAACUAUUCACUUUUCCAACGACUUUUAAAUCCCGUGAAUUCAACUGGCAGUAUCUAAUCAAUCAGGCAUUUGAUUUUUUCAUUACCAACAAAGUUGAAAACUUUAGAUCAUUUGAAAAUUGGAAGAUAUUUCUUGACUCUGCUGGAUAUCAAGAUCCAUUUCCUCAAAUUGUAAAGAAAGCACUUAUCAAAACACAGAAAGCAGAUUGUAAAUGGUCACAAAUGAUUCAAAGAGUAAAAGGAAGUGGAAAACAAUUGAUGUUCCUUAAAGAAACAGUGAUUCCAAUUGACCCUCCUUUUGAUGUUUCCGAGCCAACUUGCAAACCAAAUGCCCCUUGGAAAAUGUUUCCUUGUUUAAAGACACCACUACCAAACUUUGUAAAGGACCCCAACAAUCCCACAUUUGAUUGUGACAUUACCGCUCAAUUCCGAGACCAGUGGAAAGAAGCUAUCAUCGAAUCAGCUACACAAAAUGGAAAGAUACCACCAGCAGAUCCAACAAAAUUUAUCGAUGAAAAAACGGAAGAGUUCAAAGUAGGAUUUCAAUCAUUUUAUUCAAAUGAUAAAAGAAAUGGUGUCAUUGAAUGUGCUAAACUAAAUAAAUAA